AUGCCUACAGCAAAGAAAGCAAAAGUUUCGAAGUUGAAUGGUGAGGAGAAGCCAAAAUUUGACGUUCCAAAAGGCAACAAAUCGGCGCAGGAAACACCGGAUGCCAGUUCUGCCAUUGAACCUAAUGCACAAAUAGAAGUGUCUUCCGCACUUCCUGAGGUGCAUCAACUCCUUCAAAGCUUUUCCGAAGAACAAAUCGCACUGGUGUUAUCAAUCUUGAAAGCAAAGCCAGAUGGAAUAUCAGUGAAAGAUUAUUUGAAUGAGUUCCGAGAAUCGAUCAUACUCGAAGAAUCACGAAGUAAUCGCAUGGUAGAUUCAGGAGAGUAUUGGAAACGGCAGUUCGAAAGCCAAUGUAUUCGUACACAUGAACUUCAGACUCGCGUCAGAAGUCUACAGAAGAGCCUACAACGCUGUCGUAUGUCAUCUAUAAGAUCUGAAGAUUCUGAAGAAGAGGAAAUCCCGAGUAUCGCCCGGCGCUUCUCUGAGUCUCAUAAGGACCAACCUUUGGAACCCGGCAAAAAGAAGAAAAGAAGAAGAAAUGAAAGUCUAGAUACUAUCCCGAAUGAAGACGAUGAAAUAGGAACCGAUAUAUUGGGACAUAAUCAUGAUCAUAUGAUGGUUGCUACUUAUCUAUAUGAAAUCAAUAAAUUUCGUCGAUCUCUUCACGCUGAAUCAGCGAUCACCUCGUGCCGUGAGCUGAUAGUAUUGAGUUGGAAGGCAAUCUCCGACUGCAUUCCCAAAUAUAUCAAUGUCAGAGGAACAAAUUACCAUACAAAAGACAUCAAAUGCCUAGCGCAUCUUAUGAGCGAGAUUGUUGAGUGCCAGAAGAGCUGCGUUGGGGUUUCAACUGAGCAUUACAAAACUAUCGCGGGAAGAGAGUUGGUGAGGAAAUCGAAUAUUACAUAUUUCAUGUGCUCUUUCUUCGAUAAAGCUUUGAACGAGAUGCACAGGCUGUGCAUUACGAAAGCCAAACUUCCAAUUCGUUCAGACAAUUCGGCAUCAGACCGCGUCGAAGUUUCUGCGGAUAACAAUGAACCCUUGAUGAUACGAUUUUUAGCCAACCUUUUAAUCAGCAUUCUUCGAAACAUCAGUUGGCAACAGAAGAAUGACCUGCAUAAACAGACAUUUGAAGGCAUGCUCGCAAUCAUACUCGAUCACACCGGUAAAAUGCUUUCCGAAAUCAUAUUCAAGGAAGACGUUGCCAGUUCCAGAUUACCGGGAAACGUUAGUUCUGGAGAACCCUUCCUUCGUCUAUCUCCAAACGAGUCUACAUUAAAGUCCAAAUACCUUAUUUACAUACUUGAGAUGGCACUCAAAAUCCAAAAGGAAAAUAUGGGUACUGGACCAACAGAAGAACUUCUAAAGGUAGCCAAAAAAAAAAUCCAGAAUACACUUAAGAAUAGUAUAAUUGGAGGAAACUUAUCGGGGUUGAAGGUGCCGGACCAAAUUGUGGAGGAACCAGUUGAUAUUCCGGAAUUGGAAGGAUUAGAGAUGUAUGGGGAAGAGUGGACCAUACAAUGUGUGUUUACGAUGAUCGAAAUGGAUGAAGAUGAGGAUAGUGAGGAGGUAGGAGGUAGUGGGGAGGCAGUUGUGGGUUGA